AUCAUAAAAAAGUUUAUUUGUCGUUUUUGAAUCGAAGAAAAAUCCAAUAAUUGUAAAAUUUACAAAUAAAUAAAUUUUCAUUAAUUUAGUGAGUGAAAAAAACGUAAAUAAAUUUCAAGUGUUGCAAAUUACAGCGAAAUAAUUGCAAAUUAGUUGGGGAAAAAAGAGUUAAAGAACAAAUUUAUAAAGAAAAAAAAAAUAACACUGUUUAAGAUCAACAACCUUAAUUUGAGAGUAUUUUAAAUUUUGUUAUUUAAAAGAACAUCAACAAUCCCAUCCCAACAUGUCUGACUACUUUGAAGAAUUGGGUUAUACGCCCACUGGACCGGAAGGCGCCAACGAUUUUGAACGUAACUAUAAACGUCUACAAGUAUUAGCCAUAAUGCAUGGCAUCGAUAUGGAAAUUGAAGUACCUGAAGCCUCAAAACAAGCCAUUGCCAAGCUGCCAGUACAUGAGAUCACCAUCGAUGACGACAAGGAGACAUUGGAGUGUGCGGUGUGCAAACAACCCGCAGAAAAUGGUGAAAAAUAUACGAUUUUACCCUGUAAACAUGAGUUUCACGAGGAGUGUUUAUUAUUGUGGCUGAAAAAGGCCAACUCCUGCCCCAUGUGCCGCUAUGAGCUGGAAACUGAUGAUGAGGUUUAUGAGGAAUUAAGACGUUAUCGUCAGGAUGAGUCAAAUCGCCGGCAAAGACAAAAUAACUUAUUGGACUCUAUGUUUUCUUAAUUAGUUUAUUUUUUUUAAUAAUUAAGUUUUUAUUUUGCAAUAAUGGGAUGUGUGUGUAUAUUAACGAAAUUUAUAUUUUAUUUUUUUAAGCCUAAAAGUAGGCUUUAGAUUUUGUUCAAAUUAAUAUGGUGUAAAUCAUGGUGUAAAUGUUGAGGUGGAAUAAUUAAGAAUUGGAAUAAAAAUCCAUAUUAGUAUCAAGCAAAAAAUUUUAAUAAAUUAACAAAAUAAAAGUUAUGGUAAUUAAAA